UGUGUUUAAUAUAAGAUAAAUCCGCUAGAAAUGUAUUUGCACAGGUGUAAAAUUCAGAUCAUCAUCUUGUUGUCAUGUGCUGCUUCUUUCGCUUUCGCUCUUGAGUGUUAAACCAGUUGGUCAGGCUGAUUCCUGCAGUCCAGAGGUUGACAGAUCCUUACACAGCUCACAGAUUUCGUUUUUGCCGGGAUGUCAGCAACAGACCCAGAUUAUCAUGAUCAGGGCUCAUCUUCGGAUGCUGCACAAGAGUUGAUUACAAGUAAAAAACAUCAUCAGGCUGAUGAUGGUCCGACUUAUGAAAAUGUGAUCCGAAAACAACCGACCAGCACUAAAACUCCAUUGGCCCUUCAUAAUCAGGCCUCAUCUUCAGCCAGCAAUGAUGGGCAAAAAGUGAAUCUGCUUUUGAGAUUACGAACCUCAUCGUCAUCAAGCAGAGAUGAUGAUAAAGAUAACGCUUCAAAUGGUUUGGACUCGCCUCCAGCAGACACUGGAACUCAAGACACUGGAUUGAAAUUAACAGGCAAUCCAGACUCAACAGGGCCAACGAAGGACUCGUCUUCAUCAAUCAGGGACGAUCAGCAAAAUAAUCACACUUCCAGAGAUCAAGACUCAAGAGAUUCAGCAGAUGCUGAAAGCAAAGACUCUGGAACACGUCUGAAUCACAGUUCAGACUCACAGUUAAAGAAGGACUCGGGAGAUCCAAAAGGCGCUAGAGAUAAAGACUCUGGACCACCUAGGAAUGAAAUGGAUCAAAGAUACGGUUCAGACUCAAAGGACUCAGGAGAUCCAAAAGGUGCUAGAGGUCAAGAUUCUGGACCUCCUAGGAAUGAAAUGGGUAAAAGACGCAGUCAAGCAGACUCACAGCACUCUGACCCACCUCUGAAUAACAUGAAGCAGCAAAGGUUUCAAAGACAGGGUUCAGACUCACAGGGCGCGGCUUCAUCAAGCAGCGAUGGUCAGCAAACGAAUCAUGUUUCUGAUAAUCAGGAUGCUGAUGAAUCUCCAGAAACGCAGGAUAUUGGUACAUUUCAAAUUCAAGUGGACUGUACAGAACCAUUACCAGAGAGAUGGAAAGCAAAAUUACAGAUGGCCAUUCAGUCAUGGUUGUCUGGCCUGGAUAGUACAUUCACUGCCCAAAGUGUUGAACUCAUGGAUGAUCAAAGCCGUGCAGAGGUGCAGAUAACUCCAUCAUCAGCUCUAGAAGUUUUAAAAAAACACAAAAUAGCAUCUUUGAAGAUUAAAGAUAAUAAGGAUGGUAAAGAAAAAAAAGAAAGGGAAGUGACUGCCUGGAUUGAACUGGAUUACCCACAAUCUAAGUCCAUGGCGAAGAAGAGCGCACCUCCAUCACCUAAGGUGAAAAGCUCUAUGUCCUUGACUUCUGCAGACGCAGACACAACAAACAAUGUUGAGAAUAAAGCUGAAUCUGAUAAAUCUCAACUGAUUCUCCCGCUCCAUCUGUCCUGGUACAUCUAUAAUGCUUACCAAAAUGAGUUGGAAUCAAUUGGGAAACGGCAUGGAGUUACUAUUUCUGCAGAUGUGUCAAUCUCAAUCAAACCUACAGAGAACCCAGGCCCUGAUUAUUUUUCUAAAGCCACUGAAGACUUUCAGAAACUUGUUCAGGGAUGUGCGGAUAAUUUAAGUUAUGCUAGAGUUCAUCAUAAUGACAUGGAUUCAGAAAUUGUGAAAAAUGCCAUGGAAUCCAUCAAGUCACAGAAGACAAAGCUGAUGUUCACUCUGACUGACAGUAAAGGCCUGUUUUCAGGACCAAAGAAAUUCACAGACCUGAUUAAAGAAGAAACAACUAGAGAAGAAAGACAGUCCAAAAAUAGAGCAAUGCCAAUGAAUAUAGACAGCAAUGCUUAUCUAAUGGAAGUAGACAGCAAUGCUUAUUCACAAAGCAGACCUUCACUGCACAUGAGCACACAGGAUCUUCCAACUCAACUUGAGAUGGACAAGGUUCACUGGGAUCUGAUGAAGCUUUCCUGUGAGGAACAAUUAUCAGAGCUUGAAGCCAAAUAUGGGGUGUCAUUUAAUGCAGAUCUUCAGAAGAAUGUUGUUAAGGUUCAGGCUCGAUCUAAAGGUGUUCAGCAUGUGAAUCUUGAAGGUCACGCGGUCAGAGCUUUAACACACCUCUACCAGAAACUGGCAUCAGCAGCAGUGAGCUGUGAACUCAGAAAGUCUGCAGAUCAAACUGAUGUGAGUUCAGCGGUGGAGAAGCUUCAGCAGCGUUACUGUGUUGUAGCAGCAGAGAGAUUGAGCCGCUGGAGACUCGCUGGACUGCCAGAACACCUCGGUCCUGCUAUUGCUGAAACUGAGAAGAUCCUUCAGAGGAAAGUGUUUGAUGAAGAGAUGAAGAGAUCGAUUGGUUACUCAGAGGAUAUUCCUUAUGCUAGAGGAAUCAAACCCAAUCUAAUGUCUGAUUAUGGAGCAGGAGCAGCGGGAGGACCAGAUCUGGAUGAGCGAGUGAACUUUAGAGGGCAAAUAAAAACUGAAGCUGGUUUCAGUGAAGAUUCUAAAGGAAAAUCUGGACAUGACAGUAAAGAUGCUAAUGCUGAAGAGGAGACGUGUGCUAUCUGCAUGGACAGCUUCACUGAUAAACAAAAACUGAAGUGUGGUCAUGAAUUCUGUCGAGAGUGUUUGAGGAUGUCAGUGGAGAGUUUGGGAUCCAUCUGUCCUGUGUGUAAAGAAGUGUUUGGAAAACUGGAGGGAAACCAACCAGACGGAACAAUGAGAGUAACAAUGAGCAGGAUGAGUCUCCCUGGAUAUCCACGCUGUGACACAAUUGAAAUCUACUAUGACAUACCCAGUGGUACUCAAACGACGAAGCAUCCAAACCCAGGGCAACCCUAUCAUGGGACAAGUCGUCAUGCGUACUUACCAGACAACGAUGAAGGAAGAGAAGUGCUUGCUCUGCUGCAGAGAGCUUUUGAUCAGAAGCUGAUCUUUACAGUCGGCACCUCAACAACCACCGGUGUGCAGAACGCUGUUACCUGGAAUGAUAUUCAUCAUAAGACCAAUAAAUCCGGUGGUGCCCAAAGUUAUGGUUAUCCAGAUGCAGACUACCUGAAGAGAGUGAAAGAUGAGUUAAAGGCCAAAGGCAUUGAAUAAACAGUGUGGUAAAAAUGCAACACCUCUGCACUGGAGCUCCAUGUUUACACCACUGAUAUAUAUCAUCAAAUCACAAGUAAUUUCUUUCUUUUAAGAAUUAUUUUUGGCCUUUAUUAUGUGAAUAGGACAGUAUUGAGACAGGAAGAGAAGUUGGAGAGAAAGAGGGGUAGGGAAAUGUCCUCAAGCUGGGACUCGAACUCGGGACGCCCUGAUGUGCUACUGCACCAUAUGUCGGCGCGCUAACCACUAGGCUAUUGCACCGACGUAGUUUCUUUCUUAAAUGUCUUUUCAAAUUCAAGCUCUGGCAACUUAACUUUGUUGAAAUUGUGGAUGUAAUGUGUUGGGUAUUGUGUUAACACAACUAAAUCUAAAGAGCACACUACAUUCACAAGGAAAAGGCCUGAUUUCAGACACCAACUCUGGAAAACGUCAAUCUGAAGCUUUAAGAGACAACAGAGGAGUAUCAAAGCGUUUGCAUCUGUUAAUAGUGAAAUUGUGACUUUAUUGUGAAUUAUAUCACCUAGACACUGGAGAAAUGGUUAUCCAUCAACAUUCGUAAAGGAACACUCCACUUUCUUUGGAGAUAGGCGAAAAUUACAGCUCCCCUAGAGUUAAAUAGUUGAGUUUUACCACUUUUAGCUUAGCUUAGCAUAAAUCAUUGAAUCGGAUUAGACCAUUAGCAUCUUGCUCAAGAAUGACCAAAGAGUCUUUAUAAGGUUUGAUUCUUCUGUAGUUGCAUCGUGUGCUGAGACUGACAUUAAAGGAAAAGUUGUUAUUUUUUAGGCCAAUGUGAUUAGGACAGUGUUUCUCAACCACAUUCGUGGAGGACCACCAGCUCUGCACAUUUCCUGUGUCUCCUUAACCAAACACACCUGAUUCUGAUGAUCAGCUUAUUAGCAGAGAUUGAAAGACCUGUAAUAGGUGUGACAGACAAAGGAGACAUCAAAAACAUGCAGUGUUGGCAGUAAUCCAGGAAAGUGGUUGAGAAACACUGUCCUAAUCUCAUAGGCCUAAAAAUAACAACUUAUCCUUGCAUGUUGAAAUGUGAUGCUAAAGGGGUUUGACCAAGUGUCAAUGUGUGAUGAUUUGAGAGUGAAAAUGUGCAAUGCAAAAACAGCAGUGAAUGGAUAAACCAAAAGCAAAUAUCCUAACCCGUUAUACAUUAUAUUACAUUAUACAUUACCCAGACAUUUCAUGAGGAUGCCUACUCAGAAUAUGUGGUGGUGUUAUGAACGUUUUGUCUACGUGUGUCUCUCACAAGUGCCUCUAAACCAGAAGAAUGGACUUUUUUUUAUUUAUAAUCACAGUGCAAAGCUGAUAAAUGCUUACCAAACAACUGAGGCUAAAUAUUAUGCUUUUAAAAAAAUAUCUACUCUCAUUCACUUACUUUAGAUACGUAUGCAAUAAAAAAUGGUAUAAUGUAUGCAAUCUGCAAUUAAAAGUGCAAAGAAUAGUUUUCAAUGGGGCUAAAUACUUUUACCAGGCACAUACAGUAUAUGUUUGCUUUUAAAUACGGUGAUGGGCUUUCAAGAUGUUUAUAUUAAUUGUGUCGAAAUGUUUAAGCCUACAGUGAUUAUAUAUUGCAAAUGUGAGCAUAUAUAGUACAUGUAUGUACAUACUAGCAACUGUGGAAUUAAAACAAACACAUAUUAAAGGUUGAAGAUAAAAUGAAGGGUAUUUCUGAUGCUUAUUGUUCUUUUUAAUCCGCCAUUUUUGUCUUUUUCUUGUUAUUUUCUGCAGUAAAUCUCUCCAUCUUCUUUUAUUGCACAAAUGAUAUUGAAUUUAUUACUAUUGGAGAGGGAUUUUGUAGGAGAUUGUAAAAAAAUUGCCACAAAUAAAUCAAUAUUUUAAGCACUUUUAUCUAAGAGUUUAAAUUUAUAAAUAGGCAAUGCACCAAUCUACUUAAGGACUCAAUUUUCCCAGCAUUCCCCUCACCUGCACCCAGUUCCUAAUCAACACACCUGACAAAUAUAAUCUCAUUACCUUCUACAUAAAAGGACAAUUAAUUUCAGUUAUAGGAACUAUGCACUGGCUGGUUCCUCAAGAACUAAAGUUCCCCCCUUCUGUUUGUUGUUUUUUGUUUAUAUUUGCUCAAAAACACAUUUUAAAAAUGUUACAUUUAUUUGUUUAUAUUAGGUACAAACAGGUGCGUACUAUGUAUUCUCGAUUUGCUUUAUAAUAAUAAAUGAAAUAUUUUUUGUGUCGCAUUUAUUUAAGGCCACUUUCUCAAAGCGUUCAGGUAAAGUAACUCUAAAAAAUAUUUCAAUGAUGAAAUUUGUUUAUACAAUAUGAAUUUGGGGCGUCACGGUGGCGCAGUGGGUAGCAAGAUUGCCUCAAAGCAAAAAGGUCCCUGUUUGAGCCCCGAUUGGGUCGGGUCAGUUGGCAUUUCUGUGUGGAGUUUGCAUGUUCUCUCCGUGUUGGCGUGGGUUCCCUCCAGGUGCUCUGGUUUCCCCCACAGUCCAAACACAUGCGCUAUAGGUGAAUUGAAUAAGCUAAAUUGGCCGUAGUGUAUGUAUGUGAAUGCAAGGUGUGUUUCCCAGUGUUGGGUUGUGGCUGGAAGGGCAUCUGCUGUGCUGUGUAAAAAGUUGGAUAAGUUGGUGGUUCAUAAAGGGACGAAGCCUAAAAGAAAAUGAAUGAAUAUGAAUUUGUAUUUGCAAUUGUUUACCAGGUGUCUGUUUUUCCUAUAAUGUUUAUUG